GAUGUGAUGUCUUUAGUUUUGUCCGUCCGUGAUUAGCCACUCCUAUCUCGGCAAUACUUAAUUAGUAAUAAUUUUAUAAAUUCUGAAGCGAGAAAUGUAGUUUUGUGAUCUCAAAAGUUAUAUUGUAAAAGGUUUAUGGCUUAAGUAUAACGAAACGCGUAAAUAAAUAACAAUGACGGGACGCUCGGGCCGUGGUGUCUUUGGUAAGCUCUUUUCGAAGAAGCAGUCCAUUAGAGACGAGAGAGUUCAGGAGAUCGGUAUGCCUACUAACGUGAAACAACAUAUACAUGUGAGUAUGAACUCUGAAACGGGAAUGUUGGAAGGGUUACCCUCAUCAUGGCUACGACAGUUGAAUGCCCAGAUAUCGCCGUCGGAACAAAAAGAGAAUCCGAAUGCGGCGAUUCAGGCUGUAACGUUCCAUAAUUUUCAUGUUUUGAAAAAAGAACAGGCAGAAAACGAGCCAUGCAAGCCUAUUGUUACAGAGGAAGCCAUUACGAAAGAGGAAUUGGAAAUUAAAAAGUUCUUAGCAAAUAAAAAUGGACACCAAAGUCAUGAUUCAGAUAUUUCAAUAGGACAAAGUAGUGAGGAAGACGUAGCACCCACAGACAACUUUUCGCAGAGGCAAACAAUGCCUGCAGGAGUGACUAAAAAUAAUCUAAAGAAGAAAGAUGCAAUGAUGGACCUAACUGCAAUAGUUGAGGAUUUAACAUUGAUUGGUGCCGAGCCAGAGGAAAGUCCCAUUCUUAGAAAGAAAGAAAUGAUGAAUGCUACGUUAACUGAUGAAGAAAUAUAUGAUGAAUUAAAAAGAAUUUGUAAUAAGGAUGACCCUUAUGAACGAUUCGAAAGAAUAAAACAAGUAGGCGCUGGUGCUUCAGGUGUCGUCUUCAUCGCCAUUGACCGCAAAGAUAACUCGAGUGUCGCGAUCAAGGAUAUUGACCUAACGAAACAGUCUAAAAAAGAUCUUAUACUCAAUGAAAUAAACGUCUUAAAAGGCUUCAAUCACAAAAAUCUCGUCAACUUCCUUGAUGCCUUCCUUUGUUACCAUCACCUCUGGGUCGCGAUGGAGUUACUCGAUGGGGGAUCUUUAACAGACGUAGUCACUGAAGUGGUUAUGAAAGAGGGACAAAUCGCAGCCGUUUGUCGCGAGACGUUACAAGCAAUAGCAUUCUUACAUUCCAAAGGCACAAUACACAGGGACAUAAAGUCUGAUAAUGUUCUUCUUGGAAUGGAUGGAACGGUCAAAGUGACUGAUUUUGGGUUCUGUGCCAAUAUCGUUGGGGAUGAGAAACGGCAGACUAUGGUAGGAACGCCAUACUGGAUGGCGCCCGAAGUCGUUACUCGAAAGCAAUAUGGAAAGAAAGUCGACGUUUGGUCGCUUGGCAUAAUGGCUAUCGAAAUGAUAGAAGGAGAACCUCCAUACAUGAAAGAAUCUCCACUAAGAGCAUUAUACUUGAUCGCGGCCGUGGGUAGACCCAAGAUACCAAGAUGGGAUAAAUUGUCUCCGGAAUUCCAAGAUUUUCUGGAUAAAUGUUUGCAAGUCGAUGCUGACGAAAGAGCCACAGCAGACGAGUUAUUGGCUCAUCCGUUCUUGAAAUGUGCUAUGGAGUUGAAAACACUAACGCCUCUCAUAAAAGCAGCGCACAAGAUCCUGCACAAAAACUUCGAUUGAAAAAGUACUCGUGGAUAAUACGUUUUAUUUAAAAAAGA